AUCAGCAGCAGAGCGCCCCGAGCACCUAUUCCACUGGCCACUCAGUUGGAGUCCGAGGAAGAAGUCGGAGGAGUUUACGGCCGCAGAAUCACCAUGAAGACCAUCAGGGUUCUUGUCCUCCUCGUGCUAGCAUCUGUCCAUGUCUGCAUAUCAGAUGCAUCAGAUGAGUCAACCCCGACAGCUGAAAUAAAAAAACAACCGACAUCAGCAUCACCAGACAAAAAAUUGCCGGAAGCACCAGCAACCUCAAAAGCAGAACCAACAGCACCCCCAAUUGCAGCAUCAACACCAGCGCCACCACAACCAGCAACGCAACGUCAUGUAGCUUCCACUGCCUCUCCUGGUGCCACCAGCAAAACCCCCGACAACAAAGAAACACCAGCGGUUUCAACACCAGCACCUAAGACCAUUUCAUCUCCACCAGCAACUGAAGACCCCAAGAUUACGAUCACUCCACCUCUUGUUCAGAAGGACAAUGAGUCAACAGCGAAUGACACUGUUCAACCAAAAUCUACUCAAACACAUGUCGACCCUGACCCAAACUCCUCUGAGACAAUAUUGACACCAGGACCCGAUGACACCAUUCAAAAAACAGACACAGGCAAAGGUACAGCUACCACUGCCUCAGCAUCGCAUGGAACCAUUGCACCUCAAGAGAUGCCAGAAAAUCAGGAAGAAAAGGAUAAAGAAAAAGGUUCUGACAAAAGGCUGUGGUGGAUUCUGUUGCCGAUCUCCCUGGUCGGAGCUGCUGUGGCCAUUGUCCUCAAAUUCAAAUGCAAGAAGAUCCACGAUCACACAGAAGCCAUUGACACCGGAACUGAGAACGCAUCUUUCCAGAGCAGACCUGAAAGCACCAAAGACGGUGUCAUGCUCCUCGGAGUGAAGUCAUCAGGCGGAGAAGAAAACGCUGCUGCCAGAUAAAAAGAAGGACAUUAAGAUCGGCCAAUGGAUGAGUCACACCUGUCUCCCACACACUGAUGGUCUGGAGAAACUGUUUAGAUGUUUGAUUUUUUAAAAUAUUUUUUGUGAAACAUUUUGUGAAGCAGAAGAGUAUGUAUGAUUCUGUAAAGCUGAAAGCAGUUUGACAAAGCAGGGUUUGCGACUGUGAUCAUAAAUCUCAGAGUGAGUAAAGUUAUUUUCAACUAUAGCAGGCUUACUUAUAGCUGCUUAGCUCAUUUUUGUCUACAUGUUGGGCCACAAAACACAUUUUCUGCAUAGUGCACUGACCUCAGAUCCACAUUUGAUGUGAUGAAUCACUUCAUAGUUUUAUAAUAAUCCUUUGGGUGAGUUGUUACUCAGCAUUUAUGUGCCUUGAACUAUUUUGUGGAUUAUGAUAUUUUGGUCAUUUUUGUUUUUGUCUUGUUUUCAUUUUUUGCGCAUCAUUCAUCUUCACCAAAAGAUGGUAUGAAAACAGGCUCUUUUGAGGUGUACUUCAUUUGUACUUGUUAUCUAUCUCAGUUAAGUAUUGUUUUUGACAGGUUGUUCAAUAUUUCACCAGGAGUCUCCACUGAAAAACAUUUUUACGUUAACAACCUUGCCCUGCAAGACAGUUACUAUACAUUCACCAGUGCAUGUAUGUAGUUAAAUGAGGAUUUGCUGUAAUGGUGGUUUUAAAAUUGUGUUUUUGUUAGUAAUAUAACAUUUAAGCACAGGGAAUAAGUAAAGCAGGUGCAGGGGAUUGCUUUUAAAGACACUGGAACUGUUUCAUGGCUGAAAUGUGUUGUUUUUAACGUCAUUUUUUUCAAUAAAUCACUAGAAAAUGA